UCCGUUUGGCUAGACGUUUCGUAGACGUUUCCGUUUUGUCCGUCAAGAAAUAUGGCGGUUCAAGUGAGCAUCGAAGAUGGUAUCCUCGAAGGAGAGCUGGUGGAGAACGAGUAUGGCGGGAGGUUCUGUACUUUUAGAGGAAUACCGUAUGCGGAACCUCCUAUUGGUGACUUAAGGUUCAAGCCACCCAAACCGGCGAAACCAUGGAAAGGGGUGCGACAAGCCAAAGCAUUUGGGCCCGUUAGCCAUCAGUUUGAUAUCUUAGAAGCAAACUCUAUAAUAGGAAGCGAGGAUUGUUUGUACAUCAACGUCUACACCCCAAGUGUAAAGCCCAGCUCCCCUCUCCCAGUGAUGGUCUGGAUCCAUGGUGGGGGGUACAUGUGGGGCAGCGGCAAUGACAACAUGUACGGCCCGGAAUUCCUCAUAAGGCAUGACGUCAUUUUAGUAACUUUCAACUACAGAUUAGGCGUUCUUGGAUUCCUCUGUUUGGACACCGAAGACAUCCCUGGAAACGCCGCAAUGAAAGACCAGGUUCUUGCCCUCAAAUGGGUACAGAAAAACAUCAGUCGUUUUGGAGGAGAUCCAGCUAACGUCACUAUUUUCGGAGAAAGUUGCGGCGCGACUAGUGUUGGGUUCCAACUCCUAUCACCUAUGUCCAAAGGACUUUUUAAAAGAGCUAUCAUCCAGAGCGGGUCUCCUGUUAAUUACUGGGCCUCAGCUUUUGCGCCCCGUGAAACUGGCCUGACUAUAGCUCGCAAAUUGGGAUGCCUCUCUGAAGAUGAUAAGGAGCUAUACGAGUUCUUCAAAAACCAGCCACCGGAAGCGUUUGUUAACGUAAGCGAAUCUGCAACGCUAUCCAAGAAGCCGUGCCAAACAUUUCUGGGUGUUGUAGAUGAGAAAAAAUUUGGUGAAAAUGAAAGAUUUUUCUACGGAGACAUCUUUGACGCUUUGCAAAACAAUAUAAAUAAAGACGUUGAGGUUAUUGUGGGAUACACUGAACAUGAAGGAGUAUUGGCGUUUAUUUUCAACUUGUGUGGUGAUGUUAAUAAUUUCUUCAAAUUUAUAAAUAACUAUGUGGAAAGUUACGUUCCUAAACGCAUGAUGAUUGAAUGUCCAUUGAAAGACCAGUUAGUUUUGGCGAGAAAAGUGAAACAGUUUUACAUGAAAAACAAAUUUGCUUCAAUGGACACCAUUGAAGAGCUGCUGCGAUUUUUGAACAUCGACUUUUUUAUAUUUGAAAUAAUAUGUUGGGCCAAGUUUUGUGCGAAGAGAACUAACACUUAUUUGUACAAGUUCACUUGCAAAUCUGAACGCAACCAGUUAAUGAAUGUAUUACGGGCGGUAGAAAUCUUCAAAGAUAACAAAUCUUUAGUUUGUCACACGGACGACUUGCCUUACUUGUUCCCGGUUAAAAUAACCAAUCAGAAAAUAAAUAUAAGCCCUGAUAGUUUCAAAUUAAUUGACAACGUCACAAAGUUGUGGACAAACUUCGCAAAAUAUGGGCACCCCACACCAGAUGACUCUCUCGGCGUGAAAUGGACUCCAUUCACUACAGAAGAUCAGGAGUACCUGGAUAUUGGGAACACUCUGGCUACCAAAUCCCACCCGGAGCAGGAAGAUGUGGAGUUCUGGGAAGACUUGUACCGGGAAUAUUUACCGCGUUGCAUUGUCUAAGGAUACAGCAAUCGUAAUCUAUACUAUCUAUACUAAUAUUAUAAAUGCGAAAGUAACUGUCUGUCUGUCUGUCUGUCUCUCUUUCACGCCUAAACUACUGAACCGACUUCGAUGAAAUUUGGCACAGAGAUAGUUUGAGUCCCGGGAAAGGACAUACGAUAGUUUUUAUCCCGGUUUUUGAAACAGGGACGCGCGCGAUAAUGUUUUUCUGUGACAGACAAAAUUCGACGAGGGCGAAGCGGCGGGCGGAAAGCUAGUACUAAAUAUUAUUAAGAUAAGCUAAUUAAAUAUAUUUUUUUUUCUAUUUAUUAGUGAAGUAGUUAUUGGUCUGAAGGUUUUUAUUUUCUUGGAAUUGCGACUCAUUUUGGACAAGCUCACUUCACAAAUCGUGACGAUGAGAUCCAAAGUGAAGCACAUUUUUUCAUAAUUAUAUUUUUUACCCUCCACGAAGAAGCUUGGCUUUCAGGUAUUUAGGUGAAGUUUUUGUUGAAAAAAGUGCUUCGAGACUUGUACAGACAAAUAAUCAUAAAUACCAUAAUAAUUACAGACUAGAUGUCAGACUGGUGAUCCACCAUGUUUCGCCAUGAUGAAGGCAUGGCAAAUAAUUUCAAAGAUUAAUGUCUUUUUAAUCACUCCACUGUUUACAAUGCCUGUGUGUUUAUGUAAAUUCUGUAUAAUUUGACAUUGUCUAUUGUCAGCGAAUUACAUUAGAAUCACCUCCAGAUAAUAAUAUUAAGGUAAGUUUUAAGGUCAAGCCAGUAACUGUAACUGGUACACUUGCAUAUCAGUUCCCUGGACGUGCCACCAACUGUCAUGUGAUACGCUAAAUGGCAUGCCUGAGUUCAGCAAGAUUAGAUUUUUUUUUAGUAUAAAAAAAAUAAAGAU